GACCUUCGAUAUCAUUCCCCAUUCGGUGUUUCUAGUAUCUCAACUGCAGAUCAGCGAACGUAACAAUGAAGCUUUGGUUGUCCGUAGUUUGUGUGCUGGGUUUCCUGAGCGGAAGCGUCUUCACGAUGUACACGUCCAUCUCCAUCGGAUCGCAAGGCUUGACCUCCAUGUCGGCCAGCUUGAAAAGCAUCGGAACCGUUAUGAACUCUUUCUACAAGAACCUGAACAGUGCCCGCACUAAAAUCAUGCCGAAAAUCGAUUCCCUUUCGCUAUACGUGAACACCACCUACAAAGCGUUGAACGAUUCCUAUGGAGCCACACAGCCCAACAUGGUGAACAUGAUGUGGAACCUGGAGUGGUUCACCAGGCAGUUCUACUACGGUGAACAGCAGGUCAACUCGGCCAUUGGAAACGAUCUGUCCCAUUUGAACAACGAUCUCCAACAAACCAUGGACCAGAUGAUGCAGUACUACAACAACCUGCUCAACUCGUACGCCUAUCAACAAAAUGCGGAAACCUGUGUGACACAGAUGGCUGAUCAGGCCUCUAGCGUACCCACCCAGCUGACCAAGUUCGGAACCUGCCUGCAGACUGAGGUUGAUACUGUUCCCACUGUGGUUGCUCCUGUGCAGGAAAUCCUGACUACGGCAAAGAGUGAUUUGACUUCAAUGAACAAACAACUGAAGAUCUGCGCUACCACUUCCGCUAACUGCAUCAACGAGUACUUCAACAACAUCUACCAGGAGCUUAGCAACAUCAACUAUAUGCUGUCCAUGGCAGCUAACCUGCUCCAGUACUACCAGUACGACGCCAUGAAUCGCAACCAGCUGUGCGGAGAGUUGAUCAAGCAAAAUGUGCAGGAUAUCACCAUGAACUUGUCGAUGAAGUUCAGCCAAUGCAUGUAUCCACCAUACGUCUAAAAAGUUUGAAUAUUCAUAUUUUGUUAUUGAGUCAAACCAAACCGAAAUAAAUGCACAAUAUUGUCUGAAAUUCAAA